AUGUUUAGUAGUACAAAUUACUUAAAUUAUUUCUAUGCCAAAAAAUAUGGAAUUUAUAUAGCUAGGGGUUGGAGGUUGUUGGGAGGGGACUGUGUCGAAAUAAUUCUAUGUUGGAGGUUUUCUCUUUUUGCUAUAUGUUCUUGUAAUUCGGGUCAAAGCUGGGCGAAAAUAAAAAAUUUUUCAAAUCAUUUGAAGAAAUGUAUCCAAAGUUUUAUUUGUCUUAUCCACUUGUGCCACCUACUGAAUCUGAAAAAAUAAAACAAAUAUUUGUCAAAGAUUUAGUAGAUUUUUAAUGUUAUAGAAAGUUUUAAAACCUCGGACUCGUUCUUUGGCAACAUAUACAUAUAUGAAAUAUAUAUUUUUAACUGUUA